UUUGGCAUUGAUGUUCCUCGUGGUCAAGUAGCUAGCACGCCUAAGGAAGUGAGGGAUAUCGUGGAUCGGCUCGGUGGGAAAUGUGUCAUCAAGUCCCAGAUCCUCAAGGGGGGCCGUGGUAAAGGAUCCUUUGACAACGGACUGAAUGGAGGGAUUCAAGCCGUCGAUACUUCAUCAGCUGCCGAGAAGCUUGCAUCAAAGAUGCUGGGACAUCGCCUGAAGACCAAGCAGACCUCGGGCAAUGGAAUCACCGUGGACAAGGUUUAUGUUGCCGAGGCCAUCCAGCACACUGAGGAAUGGUAUCUAUCCCUUACCCUCGAUAGGGAGAAUUAUACCCCCGUCAUUCUCAUAUCGAGAAAUGGGGGCACCAAUGUCGAGAACACGGCCAAGAGCGAACCGGGCAGUGUGAAGAGCUUUCCCUUUAGCCUUGCAAAGGGCAUUACACCGGACAUUGUGGCUCGCAUCGCCGAGAGCGUCAGCGCCAGUCCAGGGGAAGCCGACAAGCUCGGUGAUGUUCUCACGCGUUUGUAUAAGCUUUUCGUAAGCAAGGACGCCACCAUGCUGGAAAUCAAUCCCUUGGCCCAAAUGGCCGAUGGGUCUUUCAAGAGCUUGGACGCAAAGUUCACAUUUGACGAUGCUUCUGAGAAGCGCCAGCCAGAGCUUUUUGCCCUGCGGGAUACAAAGGCCGAGGUUGGAGUCGAGCUCGAGGCGCAGAAGUACGGCCUAAUCUAUAUAAAACUGAACGGCAGCAUUGGUAAUGUGGUGAAUGGCGCCGGCCUAGCCAUGGCAACCAACGAUGCCAUCGCUCAUCAUGGUGGCGCCAGCGCAAACUUCCUCGACGCCGGCGGUCAAGCCACAAAAGAGACCAUGAAGAAGGCUAUUGAGAUCAUCCUUAGAGACAAGAGCGUAAAGGUGAUCCUUGUCAACAUUUAUGGAGGGAUCAUCAAAUGCGACAUGAUUGCAGAGUCCAUUAUCAGUGCGGCACAGGAUUUGGGGCCACUGAAUCUGCCGGUCGUUGUUCGGCUCCAAGGGACAAACUCUGCUGAGGGGCUCAAUCUGUUGGAAAAGGCAGACCUCGGUUUCCACGUAGAGUCCGGCUUUGGAGAAGCUGCAAAGAAGGCAGUCGAGCUCGCAAAAUUGGCCAAGUAG